AUGUUCAGAUUAGUCCAAGCCAACCAGCUGCUUAGACCCGGGUUAUUCCUGAAGGUUAGAAGCAACAACAGACUCCACAUUGCCAAUGCAAACACAAUAAACACAAGUAUUCCUCCUAAUGCUAACAGCCAGUUCACUAGAACCAAUGCCACUACUGCUUCAACCCCCUUGGGCCAGUCCGGUUCAGCUGCUUCAGUCACUCCUGCUGCUGCUGGACCUGGCUCCUUUCUAAGUCCAAGCACUUCUCGUUUAGAGUCAUUCAUUGCCACCUCCACUCAACCACAAGAUGCUGCUUCCACUGAAGUCGAGGAAGCUUUGAAGAAAGAGGCAUUCCGUAAACGUUCAUAUAUCCGUAACUUGUUCACGGACUUCGAACGUAUGAGAGAUUCCAGAUCUAACCCUAAAGCGUUGGUUGAUCUUGGGUCCAAGAUCAUCCGUCUGAUUAGUGAUCCGGAAGUCACUUCUGUUAUUACUGUUCAUGAUUUAAACCAACUUGGUGGUGUUUUGAACGUCACUAUGUUCCAACAACGUUCGGCCAGAUUGGGUAACUCCAAGAAUAGAGAUUCAGAUGAAAAGGGUGAACAAUUGGGUAUUGAAUCAACCUUACAACAAAGUACAUUGGAUUUAGCUCAUCGUAUAAUGAAUGGUGAAUUCAACCAACUGUUAUCUGCUCCCUUCCUCACCAGAAUGAUGUUUACUUUACAACAAUUGAGAUACUAUCAAGAAGCUGUUAACUUAUGGGAACAUGGUAUCAAUGAUGCAGAAGUUGGUUCUCUUUACUUGGAUCAUAAGGUACUUGCUAGUGUAUUAUACAUGGCUUACGAGAUUAAGAGGUUUACCUAUGAUGACGUUUUGAGAAUCUAUGAAGUUAACACUAGAGAUUCGAAAACUAUCCAUUAUGAUUUGAGAGCCACUGUGGGGAAGAUUUGUAUACUUUCCGGAGAUUAUGCUACUGCUUUAGAUCAUUUGGAAUCAAUGUUGCAAGUCUAUGAAGAAAGCAAGCGUGUUAAAAGGCCAUUCUUAGAUGCCAUCAGAGAUUUACAUUUGUGCUUUAUUGGUAUGUGUAAAGAUGUUAGAAUUGCCAAACAUUUCUUUGAUAAGGUUAUUAAUCGUGAUUUACCUUAUGAUGUGAGAUUAAAAGUACCUCAUAUUGUUGGGUUGUUACACAACUGUUACGAGACUGGUGAACCUGUGGAUUCCAUUUUAUACUUUUAUCAAAACACUCUUGCCAACUAUUCCGAAGAUGAAAAAAACGGCAAAGCCAAACGGAUUAAUGCCAGUUAUGCCCAAUUGAAUAACACCAUCUUCAGUAUUUUCUUUAAGCUUUAUCCUACCUUGAAUCAAGAGGCGUUUGAAAAGUUGAAGGAAGUUAUGGCCAUUUAUGCCCAAUAUGCUCCUAUAGAUGAAGUGUUGUUGAAUACCAUUAUCACCAACUACAGCUGGAACGAUAAGGAAGUGUUGGAGCAAUUAAUUGCCAACUAUGAUUAUUAUCAAGUGGACCGUACACCUGUAUCCUACCGUAUUUGCUUGAAAAAAGUAGGUUCUGUUGAUGUCUAUGGACUUGAAGAGAUUGUUAACAAAUGGAACCAAUCCUUACAGAAAUUGGAUACUGAUGGCUACAAGUACAUUCCUAUUGCUGACUGGGCAGCCAUCCGAGAUGCCACUAUUUUAUCUGAAAAAUAUUCUGCUGAACGCAAGCAAUUGUACAUGCAAAUUCUUAAUCGAUACAAGGACUAUUUCCAAGAUGCACAGAGUAUAAAUCGGUUUUUGAAAGUUUGGAGCAGAUAUUCCGAUCAUUAUCGUGAUAUUGUUGUUCUGACUCGUGGAGGUAAUGAAACUUAUGAAUAUCCUGUGCCUCAAUUACGCAACUUGAAGCCCGGAAUUAACUUUAAAGACGUUUCUUCUCGUGCUGCAGAAGCUUUCGGACAUUGA